GCAGCAAGGACUAAGAAACCAUCUGGUUCCUGUUGAAGAACUUUGUUCAUCAUUCAUUAAAACUACAUCCAUGAAAGAGCCCCGCCUCCUUUACUGCUGCUCACUAAUCCUGAUUACAACAGGCGUACAGUGUCUCCAGCAGAGACGACUGAACACAGCACAUACCUCACGGGACAAGAGGACAUCAAGGGGAGGUGGAGUGGGAGAUGUGAGGACAAGAUCAGAGUCCCAGCAUGGAUGGAAGAGGGAGAAGAGGGACUGACGGGUCAGUCAAACGUUCGUCUGUCAAACGCAGCGCGUCUUCUGGGUCCCAAAGGCUUCACAGAGCGUGGAUCGAGAGAACUUUCCUGAAGAGAGAAUGUGUCCAGAUCCUUCCCACCAAAGACCCCAGCAGGUGCAGCUGUGGUCAGCUGGUGGUGCAGCACACCCCCAUCCCCCCUGGGACCAAAGACGAAGGAACCCCACUGGUGCAGCUGGAGGUCCAGCCCCCAGAGAGAUGGAGCGUCCUCAAACACACCCAGACCGCUCCCACGGAUGCUUAUGGCAUCCUGGAAUUCCAGGGAGGAGGACAAGUCAACAAGGCCAUGUACAUCAGGGUAUCCUUCGACUCCAAACCAGACACCCUGCUCCAUCUGAUGGUGAAGGAGUGGCAGCUGGAGCUCCCAACGCUGCUCAUCUCGGUCCAUGGAGGCCUGCAGAAUUUUGACCUGCCUCCUAAACUGAAGCAGGUCUUUGGUAAAGGACUGAUCAAAGCUGCCGUCACCACUGGAGCCUGGAUCUUCACAGGAGGCGUCAGUACAGGUGUUAUCCGACAUGUUGGAGAUGCUCUCAAAGACCAUUCGUCCAAGUCCAGAGGGAAAGUCUGUGCUAUCGGCAUCGCACCGUGGGGAAUUGUUGAAAAUAAAGAAGACCUGAUUGGGAAAGACGUGACACGGCCCUACCAGACCAUGUCCAACCCACUCAGCAAGCUAUCAGUCCUGAACAGCAGCCACUCCCACUUUAUCCUCUCGGACAACGGCACCACUGGGAAGUAUGGGGCUGAAGUCCGCCUCCGUCGGCAGCUGGAGAAGCACAUCUCUCUGCAGAAGAUCAACACACGUCUGGGUCAGGGGGUUCCUGUGGUGUGUCUCAUCCUGGAAGGUGGCCCUAAUGUCAUCUCCAUCGUACUGGAAAGCCUGAGGGAGGAUCCUCCGGUCCCGGUUGUGGUCUGUGAUGGCAGCGGUCGAGCCUCUGACAUCCUCUCCUUCGCCCACCGAUACUGCGAGGAGAAUGGCCAGGUGAACGACAGCGUAAAAGACCAGCUGAUGGUCACUAUUCAGAAGACCUUCAACUACAGCCGCAGCCAGGCACAGCACAUCUUCCUCAUGGUGAUGGAAUGCAUGAAGAAGAAGGCCCUGAUCACAGUGUUCCGAAUGGGUUCUGAAGGGCAGCAGGACAUUGAGAUGUCCAUCCUCACAGCCCUGCUGAAAGGCACCAAUGCAUCAGCAUCUGACCAGCUGAGUCUGGCUCUGGCCUGGAACAGGGUGGAUAUCGCUCACAGUCAGAUCUUUGUGUAUGGUCUCCACUGGCCUCCUGCGAGUGCGUUAUCUGCUGACCGUCCUAAAAGCCCCACAGCUCAGAGACAAGCAGCAUCAGCAGGGAAAGGGAAAGCCCGCGGGAAGAAGGCCAAAGGAGGGAAAACCAAACCUGAACCACCAGAGGAAACGGAUCCUCGGAAAAUAGAGCUGCUCAACUGGGUGAACUCUCUGGAACAGGCCAUGAUGGACGCUUUGGUAUUAGACCGGGUGGAUUUUGUGAAGCUGCUGAUUGAAAAUGGCGUCAACAUUCACCACUUUCUCACCAUCCCACGCUUGGAAGAGCUGUACAACACGAAGCUGGGACCAGCUAACACGUUGCACUUUGUGGUUCGAGAUGUCAAAAAGGGAAAUCUUCCUCCAGAUUACCAAAUCACACUGAUUGAUAUCGGGCUGGUGCUCGAGUUCCUGAUGGGCGGAGCUUAUCGUUGCAAAUACACCAGGAAGAACUUCAGGACACUCUACAACAACCUGUACGGCCUUAAGAGACCCAAAGCUCUGAAGCUUCUCGGCAUGGAGGAUGAUGAGCCCCGACCAAAGGGAAAGGGGAAGAAGAGCAAGAAGAAGGAGGAGGAUGUGGACAUAGACGUAGAUGAUCCUGCGGUCAGCAGGUUUCAGUACCCGUUCCACGAGCUGAUGGUUUGGGCGGUGCUGAUGAAGCGCCAGAAGAUGGCGCUGUUCCUGUGGCAGCGGGGCGAGGAGGCAAUGGCCAAGGCUCUGGUGGCCUGUAAGCUCUACAAGGCCAUGGCCCACGAGUCCUCCCAGAGCGAGUUAGUGGACGACAUCUACCAGGACCUAGAGAACAACUCCAAGGAGUUUGGUCAGCUGGCCUACGAGCUGUUGGACCAGUCAUAUAAGCAUGAUGAGCAGCUGGCCAUGAAACUCUUGACCUAUGAACUGAAGAACUGGAGCAACUCCACCUGUCUAAAGCUCGCUGUAGCAGCCAAACACAGAGACUUCAUCGCCCACACUUGCAGCCAGAUGCUGCUGACAGACAUGUGGAUGGGCUGUCUGAGGAUGGGCAAGAGCAACAGUCUCAAGGUGAUUUUAGGGAUCAUCUUGCCUCCUGCUAUCCUACUUUUGGAGUUCAGACUGAGAGAAGAAGCUUCACACCACUCAUCCAAACAGAACAGCAACGAUAAGACCAAAGAUGACGAAAAACUAAACAAGGAUACUGCUCCAAACGCUGAUGUUGUGUCAAAGACAGGAGACGAAGAAGAAAACCUGAAGAAGAACUCAAAGGUUCCUGUUGGGAAGAAGAUCUACGAGUUCUACAACGCUCCUUUCACUAAAUUCUGGUUCAACACGAUCUCCUACCUGGCCUACCUCAUGCUUUAUAACUACAUCAUCCUGGUGAAGAUGGAGCGCUGGCCCUCUCUACAGGAGUGGAUCGUCAUUUCCUACAUCAUCACUUUGGGACUGGAGAAAGUCAGACAGAUCCUCAUGUCAGAGCCUGGGAAGCUGAAGCAGAAGAUCAGCGUGUGGUUGGAGGAUUACUGGAACAUCACCGACCUUGUGGCUAUCUCCGUCUUCCUGCUGGGCCUCCUGCUGCGGCUCCAGAACGAACCCUACAUGGGCUACGGACGUGUCAUCUACUGUGUCGACAUCAUCUUCUGGUACAUCAGAGUCCUGGACAUCUUUGGAGUCAACAAGUACCUGGGUCCAUACGUCAUGAUGAUCGGAAAGAUGAUGAUUGACAUGUUGUACUUCGUGGUCAUCAUGUUGGUGGUGUUGAUGAGCUUCGGUGUAGCUCGCCAGGCCAUCCUCCACCCAGACGAAGAGCCCACAUGGCGACUGGCUCGGAACAUCUUCUACAUGCCCUACUGGAUGAUCUACGGAGAGGUGUUUGCAGACUCCAUAGACCUUUAUGCCAUGGAGAUCAACCCUCCUUGUGGAGAAAACAUGUAUGAUGAAGACGGGAAAAAACUUCCUCCCUGUAUUCCUGGAGCCUGGCUGACCCCGGCCAUCAUGGCCUGUUACCUCCUGGUGGCCAACAUCCUGCUGGUCAACCUGCUGAUUGCUGUCUUCAACAACACCUUUUUUGAGGUCAAAUCCAUCUCAAACCAGGUGUGGAAGUUCCAGCGAUACCAGCUGAUCAUGACCUUCCACGACCGUCCCAUCCUGCCGCCCCCCCUCAUCGUCUUUCCCCACAUCUACAUCGUGCUGAAGAGGCUGUGCUGUAACUGCAGGUGGAAGCCAGAGGGGGAACGUGACGACCGCGAGAGGCGACUCCAGCUGGUUCUGAACGAUGAAGAGCUGAAGAGUCUGCACGAGUUUGAGGAGCAGUGUGUGGAGGAAUACUUCAGAGAAAAAGAAGACGAGAAGCAGUCGUCCAACGACGAGCGAAUCCGAGUCACGUCUGAGAGGGUGGAGAACAUGUUCAUGCGGCUGGAGGAAGUUAAUGAGCGGGAGCACUCCAUGAAGGCGUCUCUGCAGACGGUGGACCUCCGCCUGGCUCAGCUGGAGGAGUUCUCCGGCCGGAUGAUGAACGCUCUGGAGAAGCUGGCCGGUGUGGACCGGGCCGAGCUGGUCCGUACAUGCUCCAGAGCCUCCUCUGUGUGUGAGCCGUCCUCUCUUCUGCGCCACGGCAGCAUCAACAGCACCGAUGGGUACAGCCUGUACCGGUACCAGCUGGACCACGAGGAAAGGACCGGAGACCUGGAGGACAAAAGAGGACAUCCGAGUCCAGACAGAAAGGCUGGAAACUUGGAUGGAGGAAACACAACAGGUGAUCUGAAGGAUGUUGUGUCCACUCUUGAGGUUGGAGGUCUAAAGAGCAGGACUCAGUCUCUGUCCAAUGUGGACAUCCUCAUCUCUCCCUGUGACCCUGACCACAAGCCCCCCCAUUCCAGGUCCGGUUCCUCUCAGGCUGACCAGAAGGACCUUGACAAAUCAGUAGAAAAAAUCCCACUGGAGACUGCAGAUUCCUUUCUUCAGGAGAGGUCAAAGGUCAUGCAAUUUUUGUCGUCACCGAUCCGUGGCAGCAGGAACUCUCUCGGCAGCAUCGUUUGCAGCCCUGACCAGCAGGACCAGGAGGGUUCUGGUGGUCAGGGCACAGAACAGUAUAGACUGGACAAGUCCAGGAUGACCUGUGAGAAACCAGGAGAAGGGACAGAGGGCAGUAACCACGGCAACAACAACGAAGAGGAGGGGCUGCUGGUGGGCGAAGGCAGGAUGUACCCGACUCUCCGCUCCAAGAGUGUCAGCGCCAACCCGAGGAAGACGAGGAUGAAGAGGCCAGAAGACGAAGAGAAACCUCGCUCGGCGGGCAGCGUCAGAGACCUGGUGUCGGUGUUCAGGGGGCGCCAGGCGGUCCCGGACUAGAACCAGGUCAUUUAGUUAGUGUUUGUGUUCAGAACAGUAUUCAUUAUAAAGUUUAUAACACAGGAAUUUUAUCUUUAUCUCAGUGAAGAUUCUAGAUUUUAAAAUAGAAAUUUUCUUUUAUUGUAUCAUAAAGUAAAACAACUGCUUUCAUUUUAAAUACAUGUACUUUUUAAAAUAAGAACUAAAGUUGCUGUAAAGUUAUUUUCCAUAUUUUAAUAAACAAAAUGAAAUGAAAAACGUAUUUUUAAUCAAAGCACAUUUUUUUAUUGAAAGAAUAGUUUUUGGACAUUAAAUGGAAGCAGGAGAACCGAGAACCUGCCUGCCAUCUUAAAAACACAAACGUAAAUAAAACAUGUAAACAAAAAUGUUUAAAUAAAUAAAACAUGUGGAUAAAAAAUGUAAGCAUGGUCACACAAAAUGUGAGGAUUAUGGACAUUCACGCUUAUGUUACACAUACAUAGAGCUUUUAUUGCCCCCUAGUGGCACUUGUUUUCACACCAGUAGUAUUUACAACACAACAAAUAAAACAAAACAUACAUGAAAUCAUUUAAAGUCUCAACGCUGCAGCGUUGGUGCUCCUGCAGCUUGGCGACAGGUAUCUGCAUCUGAACGCUGGCGACCUGAACUCACCGUGAAGAGGGUGAGCCAAAUCAGCCAGGAUCAGUCUGGCCUUUGAUACCAACCUAGUCAGACCAGGUCGGACCUGACUGGACUAGAUCUAGUCUAGUCUGACAUGGGCCAAUUAAAGUUUGAACCUUCGGAUGA